CACGGUAGGUAAGUUGUUAUUAAAGGGGCGGACUUGGAGGCGCGGUCAUGUCACCAUCAGCGACAGUGGGCUUGACUACUGUCACAUAAAAAUCCUGCUCCGCUCUUUCCACCGGCGGAAGUCUUCCCUGAAAACGAGUCGGAGCUGAGCCACGGUGCGCAACCGGACCAAGGCAGAGGGUCCAAGAAGCUGGGACCAUGGCCUCGCACGCGCCCCACAUCCCGUCUGAUAAGCGCUUCAUCAUCUUCUUUGACUUUGAUGAGACGAUUGUGGAUGAGACCAGCGAUGACCUGGUGGUGCAGACGGCCCCGGGACAAUAUCUACCAGACUGGCUCAAGGACACGUACCAGCCGGGCCGUUAUAAUGAGUACAUGCAGCGCGUGCUCGGGUACCUGGCAGAGCAGGGCGUUACCGAGAGUGACAUGCGCGCGGUGAUGGAGAAGAUCCCCGCCACGCCGGGCAUGCUCACGCUUUUCCAGUUCCUGCGCACGCGGCCGCAGACCGACUUCGAGGUGGUGCUGCUGUCUGACGCAAACGCCUUCUUCAUUGAGUCAUGGCUGCGGCGCACAGGGGCACGUGGGCUCUUCCACCGCAUCUUCACCAACCCCGCCACGUUCAACAAGGAUGGCCGCCUCGUGCUGCGGCCCUUCCACUCUCAUGAUUGCCCACGUUGUCCUGUCAACAUGUGCAAACAGGUGAUCUUGCGCGACUACGUCACGCGCAGGACGCAGGAGCGCGGCCGGCCGUAUCAGAGGGUGUUCUAUGUCGGCGAUGGGGCCAACGACUUCUGUCCUGCCCUCUGCCUGGGGCCACGAGACAUCGCCUUCGCGCGCAGAGACUUCCCCAUGCAUCGUCUCAUCAUCGAAACACACGAGGCCACGCCCGGAGAGUUCAAGGCGGUGACCGUGCCUUGGGCGAGCGCCGAUGAGGUGGUGCAGAGGCUGCGCAAACACGUGGCAGAAUAAAAUCUGAGGAAAAAUACCCAAAGGACAGUUUUCUCAAUCUCAGGUGAAUGGAGCAGAGUUCAAGGCAGAUCACUGUGGUGCCAAGUCCGAACGUGCCUCAGCCACGAGCUCACGUUUAACAUUGGCCUGGUCACUAUCGCCAGGUUAAUCAUUAUGACCCCCUCUUUGUUUAUUCUGAUAAAAAAGACCAUGACUCUGACAUAGGUGUCUACACCUCCGAAAGCUUCUCUGCAGAGAUAGGCUAUAGGCGUAUAGGUUGUUGGCAUUUUAAGACAAUUAAUUAACAAACCUAUAUUGUAGCCUCCAGGCCAAAUUUUCCUUGGUCUUUAUAAAUUAUUCUAUAUGCUAUAUACCUAUAAAGAAAACAGUCAGGUUAUCUUUAAAUUAAGUUAAGGGUUGUGAUUUCACACCAAAUAUUUUAUAGUGUCAUUUUGUAAUGUCUCUAAUGUCUUAUUUUGUUUUUGUGUAUAUUAUUUACCUGUCUGUCUGUGCUGUGCUGAACUGUUCAUAAAAACCAGCAGGAAUAAAGCCAUAACUGAA